AUGUUCAAGUUUUCGAUGUUACACCUGCCGUUAUUUUUACACGUGUAUUUAAUUACACUGAUUAUUUACACAAAUUGCACAACACGGUUAAAAAGACAAUUAUAUGAGCAGUUUUCUGAAUUUACAAUUGGUUAUAAAAAAGAAUACUUGACCAAUUCUUCAGAAUUUUUGAAGAGAUUUGAGAUUUUCAAGGACAAUCUUAUCCGAGCUAAAUAUUUGAAUUUGGCCUACAAUGUCAGUGACAAAGCUGUAUACGGAGUUAACAAGUUUGCAGACCUGACCCCUGAAGAAUUUGCAGCACAGUAUUUGUCAGGCUUCAAGAGAAACAAGUGCUUGAGUCAGAAACAGCCAUCUUCAGUCAUUCCUAGAAAUUAUAAAAGUCUGGAUAUUCCACAAAAGGUUGACUGGCGAGAAAAAGGUGUCCUAACUGGCAUUAAAGAUCAAGGAACAUGCGGCGCUUGCUGGUCCUUCAGUACUGUUGAAACCAUGGAAAGUAUGUUUGCUAUCCAGUACCAGACGAGCUUCAUCUCAGUGCCACAGCUUAGUGUGCAGCAGUUGAUAGACUGUGAUCAUGGAAACAAUGGCUGUAAGGGAGGAGACAUUUGUGAAGCUGCAAAAUGGUCGAAUGUGAAUGGCGUUGUCAAUGAAACCCUUUAUCCCUUGACUGAUCGCACAGAAACCUGUAAAACAGUGUCCCCUGUGCCACGAGUCUUUGUCAAAGAUUAUUUCUGUAACAGUUAUAGGGGGGAAGAAACUGAAAUGUUGAAGCUGCUAGCGGAGCAUGGGCCAAUAGCUGUAGCAGCUGAUGCAACUACUUGGCAUAAUUAUAUUGGAGGCAUCAUUCAGUUCCAUUGCUCAGAAAACAUCAACCAUGCUGUGCAGAUUGUUGGUUAUGAUUUAACAGGAGAUAUACCCUAUUACAUUAUCCGUAAUUCCUGGGGAUCCAAUUUUGGAGAUCAUGGCUAUAUUUAUAUCAAAUAUGGUGACAAUCUGUGUGGUUUGGCAGUGGAGGUAUCCCAUCUCACAGUCACAGGGUACCAGUGA